GUUUGGGUGCACCGUGGAGUGGCCUCCAGGGCACCCUGUCGAGAGCCUUGCCGAGAGCUUGGGCCUGGCUGUAAUACCACUCUGCUGGACCCAGAGGUGGACCUCCUCAUCACUGAAGAAGGAUGGGGCCUGAGCUCCGCAAACUGGAUCAUUCGGCAAAGCACUUGGUCGAUGAAGUUUUUGCAUGAUGCGCUGACAGCAGCGCACGUGGAGCUACAGCUAUUUGGCGAUCAGGAUGCCAUGAUUCUUCAUCUCAUGAACAGACAGUCGCUUGAAGCCAUCCAGCCAGGGACCGGGACCGGCAAGGCGGACCCAAUUGACCGACAUGCUGCGGUUGUGCCGCAGUUUGAAUUGAAUGCAUACGAUGCCCUCAACGCCUUGACGAUGGACUGUGACGCCUUCGUGGAGGGGGACCUGCUGGUCACGUUUCCGCAGUGCAAGGAUGCAGAGGGCUGCAAUGACGUUUUCGAGCUGGCUGCAGAUUAUGCCAAAGAUGCAAAGAAGCAGCUUCCCGUGGACUCUGGUGCUUGGUGGCAGCGCAGAGAGACCGUGCCGACAUGGGCGAG